UGCAGUCUGCAUCGGGCGGACGCACGCAACUUAACUUCGCUGUCGCUCGUGGAAUAAAUAAAACAAUUACUUUUUUUUUUUUAAUAUAGUGAAAUAAAAUAUAGACCAUGGAUGUGCGUGCGAGGAUCAUAGCAACUAUUCUAUUGAUUUCUGUCGUCACGGCCGUUCCUGCGGGCGACAGCAGGAGAACUGAUAAAAAUGAUGACACGAGAGACCUCACUGCAGAGUCAUCAGAAAUCACAUCAGAAGUGGUGCCGCCGCCGCCUGGCAUGCACGUAGAACCCGACGCAGCCGCAACAGAUGACCAUACAGACCAUUCUGUUGAACUAGUCGGGAGAUCUCAAACCUUCUUCCCAACAUUCGCAAACUUGUUUGAGCCACGACAACAAAACAAUUACAGACUUGAUUUUGGAAAUAAUCAGGAAGGGGCCUACAGCCAACGACCGAAUUCAUAUAAAUCACUACUUAAUUAUCCCAUUUUUGGUGGUUAUAGGAAUCUAGAAAACUUUGGUAAAGCGAGCUCGCCAAUCAACACACCUGCUGCACCCCUUGUUGAUACAACAUCCAGUGUGCUCGGCUCAGGCAAUUUCGGUAUCAUCAGAGGCGGAACAUUUUUCGCUCAAAACGACGAAGAUGAUUAUAGUGACAGUUUCAAUUACUACAACAAUGGUCACGGAAGGCCUUCGUUCGACGUCAAUUACAUCGCCAAUCCGAGACCUAAUUACAAUCAAGACCAAUUCGCUAACUUCAGAGAUUUUGCCGACAUCAAUUCACCAGCUAAUUCUGCCUACUCACAUUACGUUGUCGUUUAUGCUAAUAAAAAUUCAACAGCGGAUGAAAUCAGUGAGGAAACCAGGAGAAUCAUGUCUGAACCAAAGAACAUUAUUGAAACUUUAGAACGACUAGACGAACCGGCGAUUAUGCCGAAAAUGUCAAAAGUAAAAACAAAAUUGGAAAUGACCAAACGAAAGAUGAUCAACAAAAAGGAGCAAUGGAAGAAGAACUCGAAACUCAGUCCAAAACAGGAUGCGGAAGAACCUCUACUUGCGUUAAGUUAAAGUUAGUGUAAGCAUAUAAAAGACUUGUGUUGUGUAACUGAUGAGUUCCAGUUUAAGAGUGAGGUGUGACAUGCGUCGUCAUGGAAAUGACGAAAGUAGUUCAUUGUCUUAUUGUAAAUUUAAGUAGAUAAGUUGUUGUUUGUUGAGCAAAUGGUCUGAAGAGUAAAGAUGACGAAUGAAAGAGUCGUUGGAAUUGUGUGUGAAUAAUAAAAUAAUAAAUGAAUUUAAAGUUUUAAAAGC